CCGGGCCCGACACAUCCAAACAAUUCGCAUGGAAUGUCUCAGAGGGUCUGUGGGCCUAUAUGGCCUUUAAUUUCUUGUUUCUUUGACAGUGGCUCUUCCUUUUCUUUCUUUCUGUUUUUUUUUUUUUAAAUUUUUUUUGCCCGGUACAAUACGGUGGCUCUUGCUGAGUGCUAGCUGCAAAGAGAGCUGAUUAUCUUCGUAGCCGCAGAAAAACGAUUUCAUGAUACGAAAAGAUCGCCACAUUACGAGUGAAUAUAGCAUAGCAGCACAUGAUGAGUCGGUUUUACUUUCACUCUUGCUCAUCCGCUCGAUCAUCAUCGUCUUGCACGCUAACAUUAUCCACUCCACGGCCUCACGAAGUAGCUAGAGGACGACAAUCCCUCCUGACAUUACUCCAACUCUCCAACCUCAUCUCUGGACCCUCUUUCUCUCGCCAUGGACUCUAGCUCUUCCGCUUCUCCUCAUCCCGACGUUGUUUCCCAAUUCACCGGAUCCCUCCUUGUUGAGAGGUUCCGAGGCACCGAUUUUGUUCCCCCCUCCUCAAACACUGUCGUCUCCUCCAAGGACGUCACCCUCCUCCCUCAAUCCAACAUCUCUGCCCGUCUAUUCCUCCCCCAACACACUCCCCGCAACCGCAAGCUCCCUCUCUUGCUCUACUUCCACGGCGGCGGUUUCCUUGUCUCCUCCCCUUUCAAUUCCCUCCACCACAACUACGUUUCCACUCUAGUCGCCAAUGCCAACAUCGUCGCCGUUUCCAUCGACUACAGCCUGGCCCCAGAGCACCCCAUCCCCGCCGCUUACGAAGAUUCCUGGGCUGCGCUUCACUGGGUCGCAUCCCAUCGAAAGAGUCCUGGACCCGAGCCUUGGUUAAAUGAGCACGCAGAUUUCAGGAGAGUUUUCCUGGCUGGGGACAGCGUUGGCGCUAACAUAGUUCAUAAUCUCGCAAUGGCAGCGGGAAAUCCCGACAACGAGCUCGACCUCGAGAUUCUGGGCGCGGCAUUAGUCCACCCAUUCUUCUGGGGUUCGCAUCCCACCGGGUCGGAGGCGAUGGAUCCGGAGAGAAAGGCGUCGGUGGAUCGAUUAUGGCCAUAUGUUUGCCCAUCCACGCCGGACCAGGACGACCCGCGGCUUAAUCCGGUGGCGGAAGAAUCCCCCAGCUUGGCGUGGUUGGGUUGUGGAAGGGUGUUAGUGCGCGUGGCGGAGAAGGACAUACUGAAGGAGAGGGGGUGGCUCUACUAUAACGCAUUGAGUCAGAGCGGUUGGCUUGGGGUGGUGGAGAUCCAUGAGACUCAAGAGGAGGACCACUGUUUCCAUUUGGAAGAUCUGGGCAGCAACAAGGCCCAAGAUUUGAUCCAAGGCCUGGCCGACUUCUUCAACAGAGAUAUGCCUCCUUUACUUUAACUUGCAACAAUUUCUUGCACCAAGAAAAGAAAAUCUGGCAAUAAUUUCAUUCAUACUUCUUUACCCUCUUGUCGGUCGCUGCGGAAAAUAAGCGUAUAACAUGGA